AUGUCGGGUGACUUUGGGAGUGCUGCGGAUAUGGGUGGGGGUGGCUUGGGAAACCUUGCCGACGAACUGGCUGAUGCUUGGGAGCAGGAGGAGGGUGGCUAUGGCGAUUCAGAGGACGGCUAUCACAUGGGAACCAAGACACCGUCGUCAGGUUACUCGUCCGAGCGUGCUUCUCUGCAGCCUCCAAAACCUAAGACUCGGAAUGGUGGUCAUCGACAUCGCCGAACCGAAUCACAGUAUGAUGGUUCAGACUACGGCCCUGACUCGGACCUAGAGGAAGCUGCGGACAUCUCACCAAGUCUGGAGAUGCAGAUGGCGGAGGUUGAGAGCUUAGCUCGGCGGGGACUGGAAAACAAUGGGAGUGAGAGUGAUCAUGCCAUUGCUCGCGUUGUUGAGGCACUUCGGGAUCUUGGUGGACAGAGUGGGAUCGAAAAUAAUGCUAUGAGACUUAUCACAGCACACUCUUCCAUUACUUCCCAUCUCACCCACCAAACUCGGACUCUCCAAACACUCACCCAUCCUCUCCUUUUCUCUCCUUUCCCUCUUCUCUCCGAAGAUGCCAUAGACUCCCUUAUCCCUCUGAUCGACGACGAACUCUUGCCCAACCUACCUUAUCCUUUUCCGGUCCAGUCCCGUCACUCAUCAAGACCCGCAACACCCUCUCACUCGCCCGCUCUUAACCCCCUCUAUUCCCUUCAAUCACUCGUCUCGCAAACAUCCGAAAUCACACUCUCUUUACAAAGCUUGAGCGACACUCUCUAUGAAUCGCGUCAGCUAACAGCCACCGCCUCUCGAAGACUCCGAUCUGCGCGCGAAUUGGUCUCCGAACUCCGCCGUGAAGAAGAAGGUCGCGAAGAGGGCACCCGGUGGAUUGAGAAAGGCGAUUGGGAUCGCCGUCUCCGAGACCGGGAAGCCGGGCGCGAGUGCGGAGACGUCGUCAGCGGCUUCGAAGCCGUGUGCGGAGAAUGGAGGGAGAGACUCUUCGGAGCUGCCGGUGCAGAAGCCGCCGCCGCCGCCGCUUAA